CCCACAUUUUUGUGUGCUUGCGCUAACGUCAGUAUAAGCAAGGAGUGAAAAAAAUUUUUCAAUUUUAUCUGCCUAUUUUCUGUGAAAGCAUCAGUUUUCAAAGUUAUACUCAACAUGCCUGGACGUCCAUUGUGGCAGGUUGCUGGUAAACGUGAACCCGAGCAGGAAGCAGAAGCACAACAAUGGAUUGAACAAGUAAUCGGGGAAAGGUUUCCACCAGGUGUCAGAUAUGAAGAUGCAUUAAGAGAUGGUGUGAUUUUUUGCAAGCUGAUGAACCGUCUUCAACCAGGAAUCAUCUCCAAAAUCAACACAUCGGGAGGCGAUUACAAAAUGAUGGAUAAUUUGAACCAAUUUCAAAAAGCUUGUGUCAAGUAUGGAGUACCAGACGUUGAUCUAUUCCAAGCAGUGGAUCUGAUGGAAAGGAAAAAUAUUGCACUUGUUACAAAUACUAUUUUUGCUAUUGGUCGCACGACUUACAAACAUCCUGAAUGGCGUGGACCAUGGUUGGGACCUAAACCUUCAGAAGAAAACAAAAGAUAUUUCACUGAAGAUCAACUACGAGCAGGUGAAUCAGUAAUUGGUCUCCAAGCAGGAUCCAACAAAGGAGCGACACAAUCAGGACAAAACUUUGGCGCCAGCAGAAAAAUUCUUCUUGGAAAAUAGACAUUUGUUGACUUAUAGAAGCAUUUAUUGAUUCUUUUGUGAAUUUUCUUUUAUACUAACCCUUAUGAUAAAUCCCUUGAGAAUACAAUAAAAUAAAUCUACUUACUCUGAA